GAAGCCUCAGACGGGACACAGCAUUUGACGAAGUAUCAUGGUGCUGUUGGUACGGUGGUUCUUGGCCUCUGCGUCUUUCGUCGCCAUCCACGCCUACCUUCAGGAGUUCACGGGCUCUACGACUACGGAUCUCCCAGUACCUACAUUUAACGUGGAAGAUAUCCCGAAUGGCAACUAUGGGUCUGGAGACGAAUUCAACGAGAUGGAUUUGUUUGGGGAUGACAUCAUACUGAACGAGGAACAGCGGCGAGCCAUCUGGGAGAGGAAGGCCUAUAUUAUACCCAGUUCACGCUGGCCUGAAGGUUCAGAUGGUAACCCUCUGGUUCCAUACCGAUACCUUGGCCUCCCUAGCGGACACAUCUCUGCAAUCCAGGCGGGCAUCAACUCCUGGAUGGAACACACGUGCAUCAAGUUUGAGGAAACCACCAACACCAACCAAUCGCACAUCAUAUUUAUAUUGGGGUCAGGUUGUUCUUCCUACAUCGGCAUGCAGAGCAGUAACGGUCAAUAUAUCAGUAUUGGCAAUGGCUGUCAGUUUGUUGGUACAGUUGUUCAUGAAAUCUUCCACGCAUUAGGUUGUUUCCAUGAGCAGAGUUCAACCAACCGAGAUGACUACGUCAAUGUUCACUAUGAAAACAUAAUAAGCACGAAAAUUUAUAACUUUAAUAAGCAUUCAACUGCUAUAGUCAGCAACUACGGUCUUCCCUACGACCUUUCUUCAGUCAUGCACUAUGGUUCUAAGUACUUCACAUGGAAUGGGAAGUUGACCAUCACAACCAACGAUCCACUGCAUCAAGGAAUUAUAGGCCAGAGGAGUGGACUCAGUUUUUAUGACAAGUUGUUGGCCAAUCGCAUGUACAAUUGUACAGACAAGUGGUUGACUGCUUGUGGCUUUAACUCCGAUCCGUGUAACAACGACGGCUACAUAGGAAGCAACUGUAAGUGUGUGUGUCGCCCGGGCACAACUGGCAACUAUUGUGAGACCAUCAUUGGCGGGUACUACGAUGGACUCUUAUCGCCCUGUACAGAAGUGGUGACUCAACCGGGCAUCAUCACCUCACCUAACUUCCCUGACCCGUACCCAAAGAAUGAAAAAUGCACUAAAAUAAUCCGGGCGCCAGAUUGUUACCUUCCCAUGCUGAAGUUCAAUUUCUUCCACCUGUAUCCCAUGACCUACAGCUGUAAUCAAGCCUGCUGCUAUGUAGAUAUUCUCGAGAUAAGGGUUAAUGGUCAGGAGUACGGCGACGUGUACUGCGACAAGGAUAUCUCUCCAGGAGACACGUUCGUCUCUGUUACCAACGAGAUAAUACUUUAUUUCCAGACAAAAUCUAACUUGCUGAAUGGCUGGUCAGCAACGGUUUCCUUUAUCCCAAUACCUGGCUGUUUGCCGAGUUACUGUACAUCUUAAGACUCCUGAGGAAGACCAGCCACGGAGUAGAGACGUCAUCCCUGAUUUAACUUGCCAGGGGCAUUAACAAAGUAUACCUUGGUUAUUUACAGAGCAAAUGCAUUUUUUUCAUUUUUUUACUUUAAUCCAAUAAAAUUAGUUUAUUAAUAGAGUAUUGUUUAUACUAGUUUAAUUAAGUGAAGAUUUCAGGCACUGACGCCGCCUUCAGUAACAAGAAUUUCUUAUUGUAUAAUAAUUUUUAUUAAUGUUUCAAUAUAUGAUUAUACAAAUGUUCUUUAGACUCUUGCUUUUAAGUCUGCCAAGAUUACUUUAUCGUCUCUACUGAUUCUUUAUCAUUAGCAUAUAGUACUAUCAUGUCUUACAGAACACAGUCGUCUGGUGAGGCAAAUUUACCAUCAGUAAUUUUAAGGCGACUAACAUUUGACUUUUACUGAACUGUAUUUUCGUAUAUCCAACAUAAAAGUAGUGACAUGUGCGUAUGAUUACUUAACCACCAUACGCUUUAGACUGAGACAGUACGGCUCAGUCCUACGGUAUCUAAUCGAAUAAAUUGGAAUAGCAGAA